AUGACCUCCACGGAGCAUUGCACAAAUGAAACCAGCAGGACUCUUUAUUGAAUAGAGAAGAUAAAGCUACAGUAGUUAUUCUGCGCAACCAGCUAGAAAACCAAUGAAAUGCUUUCCUUUAACUGGCUGACUAACAGGAAAGCCCCUGCUCUGUGGCGACAGCAGGACCAGGUCAUCUGCACAGAGCAGGAACUUAACUUCUGUAUCGUGUAGAGUGAGACCCAAGGCUGCAGACUAUUCCAACAUCAUUGCUAACUCAUUGAUAACUGCAAAUAAAUGAAUGAAUGAAACACUGAGAAACCACUCCUACCUCCCACACAUUGUAUCCAUGUGAUUAGUCCUUCACUGGAACCCAAUAUAAACCCAGAGUCUCCAGGUCACUCAGAAAGAAAAACUCAAGCUGGACAAGACCCAAGAUCUCCAAUUACAACAUGUUGAACACCUUGCUGAUGUGCUGGGCGAUGCUCCAGGGGAUUCAGGUGGUCCUAGCAUCUGUCCAUGGCAGCGGGGAAGUGGACGAUAUCAACCCCUCCAUCAGCCUGGCGGGGAGACAUGUCUACCCAGGCCUGCUGAGGAAAGUCGAGGACUCAGCUGCAUUAUUAAGAGCGGACUUUGACAGAAUGGCUGCAGAUGCUGAAGAAGAUCUGCUCAUGGAAGAAGACAGAGUACUUGAUCCUGAGGAGAUGUCUGAUGCACUGCUACUUCAGCGCAGAGCGCCACGUUCCCCCAGGAGCUGUGUCAUGAAUCGGAAGUCCUGCAUCGGGCAUCAGCCCUGCUGUGACCCAUGUGACACCUGUUACUGCCGCUUCUUCAAUGCCAUCUGCUACUGCAGGAGAAUCAGCAACGCCUGUCCCCACGGCAGACAUUGAGACGCACAGCCUCUCUCUUGAGCUUGCGCUGUAACAGGUAUACACAGUGCGAUGCUGGAGCAUUGACACCCUUUCAUAACGAGAGUCAGCAGACGUUUGGGUUGAGGUUAAUUAGAUACAUUAAUAAAGAAAGUACAAACACAAAGUAAUAGUUCAUGAUGAAAAUAAUACGUUUUGUGAAACUAAUUAAAGACAAGCCUUAAUCACUGGUACCCGUUCAGUGUACCAUUUAUGGCUAUUUGGUAUUGUCUUGUUUGGAUAAGUCUGGGGGAAUUUUUUUAUUGUUUAUCAACAGAUCUGUUUCAAUUACUCAAUACCUAAAACUAUUAAACUUGGCAGAGCUCAAUUGAAAAAAAGCAUACCACACCCCCAGAACCCCUAGUUCCAGUGUUCCUGAUCCUAGGAAUCAUUUAAUGAAAAUUAAUGAUUUAUUAUUGGCUACUCAGGGCAAUACUAUUGAAAAUAGAGGGUGUCAAUACUUCUAGUUAUCACUG